GUUUUUACGACCAAAUAUGAGUAAUCCCUUCGACGUCGUUAUAACAGAUUUUGACGUAGUUAUUGAUAUUUCUGUCUUUCAAAUCUUCGUGGCACGGAUAGAGACAGAAUAUAUCAAGCAAGUUGAAACUUGUCGGCUUGAUAAACAGGUUGUAUGUUUUUUUUAUUAUGUCGGAAACACUGUGUCCGAGCGGUUCGCAUUCAGUGAUCAGUAUGCACGUGCGUCUUGAUUAAAGUGCAAGUUUAUUGUCAUUUGACUCAAACAAAUGUGCCGUGUUGUGAUAAGUGAAUCAUUUGUUUGGUUUCUACCUCUCUUCUAUUAUUUUAUGGUAGAUUAGAUUGACAAAGUAUCAGUGUUAAACAAUUUAUGAGUAGACUAAACAGUAUACCGUGUUUAGUGGUUAAUACAAAAUGAUUAUACGGGCCUUGCUAGCCUGUGUGGCUAGUGGUGUUUUAUAUGAAGCAACUGCGCAACCAGUCGAGUGUUUCAAAGAGUGUGACACUGGAUAUUUCUGUGUGGAAGGAACGUACGUGUGUAAAAAAUGCAUCGACUGCACGGAGCUGAAACGCGAAACACCGCCAGGGGCACCGUCGUGCAUCCAUACUGUGGCGGAUUGUGGAUCUUGCCUCAAAGGGUUGGUGCCUGACUUAGGGACAGGCAUUGGUUGUGUCUCAUCAGACUCCCGACCCGACGAGGGCUUGUCGGCCUACGUGUGGGCUGCAGUGGGUGUGGCUCUCGUGAUUUUAUUAAUAUUUGUGGGAAUUAUUGUGGUGUACGUCCUGCGAAACACCUAUACAUUUAAGAUAUUAGCAUCAACGCGGACGUCCGUGCAGUCUCCAUGCAACAGGAACGGCGCCCCGGCCACCGCCCCAGAGGCACCUCCGCCGCCAUACAAUGCUCUCUAUUCACCAGUUAGGCCCUCCUCACCACCUCCGGAUAGUACUCAUAAUGAGUCAUGGAGCUAUGUGAAGCGCGCAGGUAGUGUCCGUUUGGGCACGGAGGGACGCGAAUCUGCCGGAAGUCAGGCAGCUCGCGUCUUCAACAACCCAAGUUAUGUUAGAGGUGCACAACUUAAUGACUUGCCCAGUUAUGACGUAACGAGUGAUGAUGAGAGGGUCCCGAUCCCUUAUGAUGAGGAUACAAUGGAGAGCACUUGGACACCCACACCGCAAGAUAAUACGUCUAGCGGAAUAUCAAACGUUGCGGGUGGAGAGUUGUCGAGUCUGUUGUCUGCCGCGAGACACAACAAUCUAGUGCGCACACCACACGCUGUCACCCAAUAUUGCGCUGCACAGGACUCGAACAACAACCGCGGUACAGGAGACGCCAUGGGUGGCGAGGGUCCCUCCAGCAGCGGACCUUCCUUCAUCAUCAACGUCGUUCAGAGCAUCAACGCGGUGCAACAGCAGAACGACGUCAAGUUAUAGUUAUUUAAUUUAGACUUUCGUUUCUCUUUUUCAAACCUCUGAUGAAAUGUUGAUAAUUUGCUCAAUACUAAAUAAAAUCCCUCCUUGGCAAGUUGGUUAAAUUAAAAGGAUUACGAAUAUUAAAUGUUUAUAAAUGUCACCGUUGGUCGUAUGGGUUUGUUUUUCUGGGAUUUAUAAUUUUCGGGUUGGAGGGAAGGCCUACCGGCACCAAAAAAAAAACUUGUCUAUGAUUAUAAUAAAUGAAUUUUUAUCAGGGGUCUGAAAUAUAUUUGUCUAUUUUCUACGUACGCUCAACGAUGGUACCAUUACUGUCAAUUAUUUUGUUGUAUUGUAAAUUAUACCUUAAUUCAAAGAUAUGUUACAAUUCACGAAAUGCAAAGUUCAAAUCUGUUUAAAAGAUGCAUUUAUUUGAGAUUUUUCGCAUUUACUUCUCGAUUACUGCCAAGUUUGAUGUUUUGCAGGAAAAAAAAAUAAAAAAAAAUAUAAUGAAUAAUUUAGUUUUAAAAUAGUAUAUACCCUAAUUAUACAGUUGCCAUUUUUAAAUUUUCAUUUUAUUCUCAGUGUCGCCAGUGUCGAAAAAAUUAGUGUUAAAUUUUUUCACUUACGUAUAAAUAAGAAUUUGGGUGUAUACUAAUAACUUAUUUAGCAUGUGAUUUUAUUUGUUAUAAUUAUUGUUAAUUUCGCAUCGUUACUUAAGGUAAAAUAGGCUACUCUUAUAGAAGAGUAGAAAUUAAAUAGCUAAGCUAGAACAAUUUCUGGAAAUGUUAUGUUUAAGCAAAAUUCGAUUCGAUUAAAUUUUAUAAGUCUGUUGAUUUUUAAAAUUGGUGAAUUAUUUUGAUAUUUUAGUCCCGUAGAUCUAGUUUGACAAAGUAUUUAAUGCUAACUUAAAUAAAUGUCAAUGUCAAAACUCUUUGCCUUCCGCGCUUAUUACAAAUAUUUGCCGAAGAAGUUAGUGUUUAAUACUUUGGACUGAAGGAGUGUCUACAAUAGCUACGAUUCCAAGACAAAUUGGUAUUUUAUUAUUUUGGUAGAAAUUACUUUGGUAGAACUUAUUUUGGUAGAUCCCGGGCUUUCUGCAUAAUAGAUUAUAUAUUAGUUUUAUUGCUCAAGUCUGCGCUCAAGUGUGCGUGAUUUUACCAUUUUAGGAUUGGUGAGAGUGGAUCUGAGUUAGAUCUCAUUAAAUAAUGUCUUCCUAAUUAAGAUUAACAGGUGCAAAUAUUAAAAUCGUUCUUCCAUUUAAAAUUGUAUGAAUUAAAGCGCUAAGUUUACUAUUACGUAAUUUGUUCAAGGUUAGAAGGCUUCUGUGUACGGGCAAGCUUUUAUAUUUAUGUAAAGUUUUCCACGUUUACCCUUACAGGGAAUAUCCUCAACUUAUUUAGGAAGUUCUAUAUUAUCGAUGUUCAUAAUGCUUCUGGGUAUUGCCAAGUCUUUUUUAAACAAAUAAGUUUUCCAUUUUUAUGUACUGUCUUGUUUACACUUGAGUUACUUAGUGUAAACAUAACAAAAAGUAGUAUAUUUUUAGACAAAAAAAGACUUGGCAGUACCUAGGAACAUUAUGUACAUCGAUAAUGUAGAACUUCCCAAAUGAGUUGAGGAAAUUCUCUGUAAGGCUUUAAUGUCUCGUGGAAAACAACGAUACGAAAACGAACGAUAAGAAAUUCUCAUUUUUAACAUAAUUAAUGAAAAUCAAGUGCCUUAACCCGAUGAACUGGCUGUGAUGCACUUAUUAUGAAGCAUUUUUAUUGUUAUUUUUUUUUAUGUAAAAAUUUUCCUUAUAGUAAAUAAAGUUGACCAAUGCCUCUAGUCAGGUCAAAUUGUGUAAAAUUCGAGGAAUGUUUUUACUUAAUAAAGGAUUUUUUUAUU